AUGUCGCUCUUUGGCGGACGACAAGCCAAGCAGCCUUCUAACAACAGCAGCCACAGCCGCGUGGGAUGGGGCCUGCCCGGCGCAUCAGCCUCUGCACGUAAUCGCGACGAACGUGAAGCGCUCAUCUCGGCGUCAACGGGUGGCGACGACUUUGACGACUCGGACGCCAUUUCGCUGCUCAGCAACAUCGCUGAUCGCGACUCGAGGCGUGGUGGAGGUGGCGCCGCCGCUGCGCGCCGUCGUGCGCGUGCGAGGGCGAGAGCGCAGGGCAGGACGUGUGGCACUUUUUGGUUCGAUGUUGAGGACUGGACUCGCGCCUUGUCGUGCGGUCUCCUCGGCAGAGGGCAGAGCAACGAAGAUGGAAGUGCGGGGAGACAGCGUGUUGCUUCGAUAGGGAGUGUCAUGAGUCGCGGAGCUAGGCGUCCCAACGCUUCGUCGUCGUCAGCUUCCGUUGGGGCGGCGUCCCGACAUUCGCGCUCGCUCAGCGACGCCAGCACGGACAGCGGAGCAAGUCUAACAGGCUCUGGGUUUGCAGAGAGCAUCGAUGCGGAUGCGGGAAUGCUGGACGACCAGGCCAUUGCUCAAUUCGGGCAGCCCAGUCCCCCAUCGCGAGAACAAACAGAUACAGCCGCAGAAGCUGAGGCAGAGCCGUUGAAAGCAAGAGCAGAGGACGUGGCAAGAGCAAAGGAGGAAGCGGAAGCGGAAGCAGCACAGCGACAGGCCCAAGCAGAACGUCAGGCAGCAUUGGAAGCAGAGGCUGCCCGACUACAACAAGAAGCCGAGGCCGAGGCGCAACGGCAAAAGGAAGAAGAAGCAUGGCUUGCAGCUGAGGAGGACGCCGCCAUCGCCAAAGCCCGUCGCAAAGCCGAACGCAAAGCUGCCAAAGCUGGUCUGCUCAAGCUGCAGCAAGAGACACAGGCGGCGCAGCGAUGGCGUACCGAAGCCGAGGCGGAAGCGGCUGCCGGUGGAUUUACUCUUGCUGAUGCAGAAGCGGACGAUUCGCACCACCACGAUACCGAUCGCGAAGUAUACGCGCAGCAGCAGUUCGACUACCGCGGUGCAGACUACCACGCGCACGAGGGCACAUACGGUGCUGAGUUCGACCAGUACGGAGACGCAGACGAGGCGGAGGGUUAUUAUGCUACAGUGCAGGAGCAAGGGCCGGGCGGAGUGGUGCAUCACCAUCACUACUACCAUGCCGCACCGCCUGAAGCCGAAGUGGAAGAGUUUGUCUAUCCUGUCUCGCCUCACGCUCACGGCGCACCUGUAUUUGCCGAUGCUACCAAGCCACCAGUCGACGAGGCAGACGAAGCGACAGCGGACAAGACCGUAUCCGAGGACGAAGCCGAUAUUGCCGGGCUUUCGUUCGGCCGCAAGAAGGCUGGCUCGCGACGCAACGACUCAGGCAGUGCCAGUGGUAGUCGCAGUGCAGCCGGUCUCACGGCACGCACGACCACCACUGGCGGUGGCUCGUCUUCAGGCGGCAGCGGAUCAGGCCACCGCCCCACGUCCGCCUCCUCCUCUGCUGCUGGCCGCACGCACUACCGCGACCGGCCACGUCGGCACGAACGCACCUCGUCCAAGUCCUCCAAUUCGUCCUCGGGCAUCUUCUCGUACCACUCGUCCAACACGUUACACCCCAUCGCGGCCCCUUCGACCGCCGCUACCUCGGUCACGUCGCCGCGGGUGCUGCCGAACCUGUACGAGUCGGAAGCGAUCUACACGAGUGCGAAGCCGGUGCAAGGGGAAGGGGCCGACGAGGUGGCACAGGCGCAGUUUGGCAAACCGGAUGUAGACGCCAAUGAGUUCGGCGUCAUCACGGCAGGGACGAACAAGGGCGGCGCGGGGAGGGUGAAAAAGUCGUACCGCGACAAGAGGGGCCCGAGCCAGCUGGUGGACGAGCAGGCGGGGACGGACUCGUUUGAGGGGUUUCCUGGAUUCUAA